AUGUAUCCACCACUAGUUUCUUGUCUCUCUCUCUCCCUAAUCGCCCUCCAACCUGUUGCCGCCAUCUGGCCGGCACCCCAGAGCUUCACCAACGGCAGCUCGGUCCUGUACCUGCACCAAAACAUUGAGGUCACAUAUAACGGCGCAUUCGUAUGCUGGUUUUCCCCUUCUGAGUCCCCUCAUCAUGUAUGCCUCGAGGAGGGAUUGAAUACUGAACAUUUUGUGUACCAACAGAUUCCGUACACGUACGGAUAUGUGCCCUACCAGUUGACCAGCAAGGAGGUCGUUCAGGCGGGCGUGUCCCGGGCGCUAGCCGGCAUCUUCAACAGCCAGUUCGUUCCCUGGAAGCUGCACAAGCCGAAUACCCAGUGGGAGCCCGACCUCUCGAAGGGCCAGAACUGGCUCAAGACGCUGCAAAUCACCCAGACGAGCGAGGACCAGCCAAGCACCUUCAAGCCCCUGGCCGGCGAGGUGGACGAGUCGUACAACCUCACGGUGAGCACCGAGGGCGACGUUAAGCUGGCGGCAGUCUCGUCCAUCGGCGUGCUCCGCGGCCUCGAGACCUUCACCCAGCUCUUCUACCAGCACUCGGCCGGCACCUUCUGGUACACGCCCUACGCGCCCGUCUCAAUCCAGGAUGCGCCCAAGUUCCAGCACCGCGGCGUCAUGCUGGACACGGCCCGCCACUUCUUCCCCGUAUCGGACAUUCUGCGGACCAUCGACGCCAUGGCAUGGAACAAGAUGAACCGGCUGCACGUGCACGUCACCGACUCGCAGUCGUGGCCGCUCGUGCUCCCGUCGAUGCCCGAGGUCUCGGAAAAGGGCGCCUAUCAUCCGAGCCAGACCUACUCCCCCGCCGACAUCGACAACAUUCAAAAGUACGGAGUUGCGCGCGGCGUUGAGGUCUACUUUGAGAUCGACAUGCCGGGCCACAUCGGCGUGGUGUCGCUCUCACACCCAGAGCUCAUCGUGGCCUACAACUUGCAGCCGUACUACUGGUGGUGCGCGCAGCCUCCCUGCGGGGCCUUCAAACUCAACAACACGGCGGUGGACGCGUUCCUCGAGAAACUGUUUGACGACCUGCUGCCGCGGCUGGCCCCCUAUACGGCCUACUUUCACACGGGCGGCGACGAGCUCAACAAGAACGACUCGAUGCUCGACGAGGGCAUCCGGUCCAACUCGUCCGAGGUGUUGCAGCCGCUGCUGCAAAAGUUCAUCGAUUUGCAGCACGCGCGCGUGAGGGAGGCCGGGCUGACGCCCAUCGUCUGGGAGGAAAUCCCGCUCGAGUGGAACGUCACCAUGGCUCCGGACACGGUCGUGCAGUCGUGGCUGGGAGGCAACUCGGUCAAGACGCUGACGGGCAAGGGCUUCAAGGUCAUUGACAGCAACUACAAUUUCUGGUACCUCGAUUGCGGCCGGGGCCAAUGGCUCAACUGGGCCAACGGCGCGGCCUUCCAGCUCGGCUACCCCUUCAACGACUGGUGCAACCCGGCCAAGAACUGGCGGCUCAUUUACUCGCACGAUCCGACGGCCAACCUGACGGCCAACGAGGCCGCACUCGUGCUCGGCGGCGAGGUGGCCGUCUGGAGCGAGACCAUCGACGCGGCCAACCUGGACACGCUGCUCUGGCCGCGGGCCAGCGCCGCGGGCGAGGUGCUCUGGUCCGGGCGGAUUGACUCCCAGACGGGGCAGAACAGGAGCCAGAUGGACGCCGCGCCGAGGCUGAACGAGUUCCGCGAGAGGAUGGUCCUGAGGGGCGUCAGGAGCUCGCCUGUCCAGAUGACGUUUUGUACCCAGGGAAGUCCCGAGGAGUGUGAAUACCCUGCGUGA